AUGCCUAAAGGAAGCUGCGCCUGUGGCGACUUCACCUACGAGGUGCCCGAGGAUGCACAAGCAACUGUCGUCUGCCACUGCUAUCCCUGCCAGAAAUUCGCAGGCAUGAACGGCAGCACAAACGGCGUCGUGCCCAAAGACAAAUACAAAGUGCUCUCGGGCUCCUCGCGCACCUGGACGCGCAAAGGCGACUCGGGCAAAGAGGUUACGAAUGGGUAUUGCGAAAAUUGCUCUUGUUUGAUGUGGGUUGAGGCCGAGGCGAUGCCUGAAUUCAAGAUCUUCAAGCCUGGCACUCUGGACGACCAGGCUUUCCUCGAUGCCCAUCCUCCUGUGCAGGAGAUUUACACGAAGAACAGGCCAAGUUGCUUGGAGGCUUUCCAUCAGGCGGAGCAGAAGACGAAGGCUUGA